UUAUAUUAAAUUAUAUAUGCAACAUUUCAAAUAUUUCGAUAACCUUUCAAUAUAAACAAAGUGUUAUCGAUGUGACAAAUAAUAUUUAUGUGAAGAAAAACACUUUUCCGAUAUUCGUCGUUUUCUCACAAAGUCGAUUCAUCGAUAAGUAAACGUUACAAUGAUAUCAAUGAUGACACGUCCAAACACAUCUGUCCACGUCCCGAGUAUACGAACAUGUCUACGUGGUGUGGUAUAAUUGAUGUUAAAAACUUCCUGUUAUUUCUUUUGAAAAAUUUAUCAGUUUUACAAAAAUAAAAAUACUCUUGGAUGAUUGGUGUUUUAUUGGAAAUAAAAAUAUUCUUAAUUAUCUAAGGAAACAGAAUCGUUUUGUGCAAUCAUGUUGAAAGCUGUCAUUUUAAUUGGAGGACCUUUGAAAGGAACAAGAUUUAGGCCUCUAUCUUUGGAUAUUCCAAAACCAUUGUUUCCAGUGGCCGGAUUACCUAUGAUACAACAUCAUAUCGAGGCAUGUGCUAAGGUGCCUGGUCUUAAUGAAAUAUUGAUAAUUGGUGCAUAUUCUAAAAAUGAUUUAGCUCAGUUUGUACGGGAAAUGUCAAGCACUUAUGGCAUAAUUAUUAGAUAUUUGCAAGAAUUUACUCCUCUUGGAACAGCAGGAGGCAUGUAUCAUUUUCGUGAUCAGAUUCGUUCAGGUAGCCCAAUGUAUUUUUUUGUUAUGAAUGGAGAUGUUUGUGCUGAUUUUCCUCUGCAAGAAAUGGUAGACUUUCACAACAGUAAACAAGCGUUGCUUACAAUCAUGGCAACGGAAGCUACUCGACAACAAUCUUUAAAUUAUGGAUGUAUGGUUUUGGGCAAAGAAGGAGAAGUGGCGCAUUAUGUCGAAAAACCUUCAACAUUUGUGUCUACUCUUAUUAACUGUGGAGUAUAUCUUGCUUCUCUCGAAAUCUUUCAAACAAUGGCAGAUGUCUUUCAUGCUAAUCAACAGCAAGAACAUAUUAUGCAAUUGUGCUGUAAUGGUAGAGACCCAGCGCACAUUUCAUUUGAGCAAGAUAUACUGACACGUUUGGCAGGAUCUGGACGAUUGUUCGCUAUACCUGUACUGAGAUGGUGGUCACAAGUAAAAACUGCUGGUUCUGCAAUAUAUGCCAAUCGACAUUACUUGGCCCUCUACAAGCAAAAACAUCCAAAUCGUCUUGCUUCUACGAGUAAUGAUUCUUGUAACAUUAUAGGAGAUGUAUAUAUUCAUUCAUCAGCUACUGUACAUCCAACUUCCAUUCUAGGUCCUAAUGUGAGUAUAGGUCCAAAUACGACUAUUGGAGCUGGUGUAAGAAUUAGGGAGUCAAUUGUGUUGGCUAAUGCACAUAUACAGGCCCAUUCUCUGAUUCUACAUAGCAUUAUAGGAACUGGUACUAAUGUAGGCGAAUGGGCACGUGUUGAAGGGACUCCUUGCGAUCCUAAUCCUAAUAAGCCAUUUGCAAAAAUGGAAAACUUGCCAUUAUUUAACGUCAAUGGCAAACUCAAUCCUUCCAUCACGAUCCUCGGUACCAGUGUAAGCUUAGCUGCGGAAAAAAUUUUAUUGAAUUCGAUUGUUUUACCACAUAAGGAACUUACAAGAAAUUAUAAGAAUGAAAUUAUUCUUUAAUUGCCUAAUGUUUAUCAUGGUAUUUAACAUUGAGAUAUAUUUAUGAUUCAUAUAAUAUACGAAUCGCACAAAUGAUGAAAUGUUAAGUAUAUUACAAGAUUUUAUAGUAUAUACAA